UCUCUCUCUCUCUCUCUCUCUCCCCUUGCCUUGCCUUGGCUUAUAAAUUAAAACUACCCAACCCAUCUCAACUACAACUACAACUACAACUACAACUACAAUAGAUAAAGAGAUAGAGAUAGAGAUAGAGAUAGAGAUAGAGAUAGAGAGAUAGUGUUGUGAUGUAACAAGAAAACGAGUUUUGCGGCUUUUAAUCUACUCCCCCUUGUAUGUGAACCAUUUUUAGCAUUCAAAAGUGAUAUCUGAGUAAAAGGCAUUGCGUUUGGUUCUUUCUUUUUCUUUUUCAUCGGCUUCUUUUUUCUUUCAUCUGAAAAUACAUGGAUUUUGGUGCGUCUCUUCUUUGGUUGGAAGACGGUUUCUGCAUCCAACAACUUCCGAAUCUUGAGCACUACUACGGCAAUCUCCUUGCUUCGCCCUCUUCAUUUUCUCUGCCUCUUGAGAUCAUGCAUUCCGAGAUCCACAAUCAGAAUCUGGAGAUGGAUCAUUUCCUCCAGCUGCAGAAUAACAGACUGAGAAGAUCAAUCAUGGAAGAGGAGGCGCGGCAGCGAGCGAUCACAAUGCAGAAAUACGAAUCAAGAGCGAGUGCUCUAAUCCUGCAGAAAGAUGAAGAGAUCGCCGUGGCAAGGAACAGAACGAGAGAGCUCCAGCAUUUCCUGAAAGCGGCGGAGAUGGAAGCCACAGCGUGGGAGAGAGCGGCGAGAGAGAGAGAAGCCGCGGCGGCGGAGCUGAGCAAGAGGCUGAGUCAGGCGAGAGAGAGGGAUGCGGUGUCGUUUUGCUCCUCAUCAACAAACACAGAAAAGGCGAUCCAAAAUUGCAAAGUUUGCCACGCUGGACUCUCCUGCGUCGUUUUGUUUCCUUGCAGGCACAUUUGCUGCUGCAGAUCUUGUGAGCCACUUUUGGACCACUGCCCUCUCUGCCAAACACUCAAGGAGGCUACAUUGCAAGUUUUAUUUUAGUAACAAGUUAUUAUCAAGAAAAGUAUCUUGGGUUUGAGGCAUUUUUGGUGUUAUGAUUCUUGGGUUUUUGCCUAGCAGUUACUAAUUGUUUCUAUCUUUUAAAAUAUUGAUGGUGUUGACCAAAAAGGGUGGAUGUGAUGAUGAUGAAUAAGAAUCUUGCUUUUUUACUGAAA